GAUCCUUCACUAUUUGGUGUUCAUAGCUUCUUCCAAGACCUCUUCUGUUAACUUUCAUUAUUUUCUCACUAAACUUCUCUAUCGGAAAGGAAGUCCUUGUAGAGACAAGAAGAUCAAUAAACGAUGAGGUUGCUGAAGGUGGCGACCUGUAACUUGAACCAAUGGGCCAUGGAUUUCGAUUGCAAUUUGCGGAACAUCAAGGAGUCAAUUGAGAGAGCUAAAGAAGCAGGGGCAGUAAUAAGGCUUGGGCCGGAGCUUGAGAUUACUGGCUAUGGCUGUGAAGACCAUUUCUUGGAGCUUGAUACUGUAACUCAUGCGUGGGAGUGCUUGAAAGAUAUUUUAGUUGGUGAUUAUACUAGAGGUAUAUUAUGCAGCAUCGGUAUGCCCAUCAUUAAAGGAUCUGAGCGCUACAACUGUCAAGUUCUUUGUUUAAACGGAAGAAUACUCAUGAUCCGCCCAAAGAUGUGGCUUGCAAAUGAUGGCAAUUACAGGGAACUCAGAUGGUUUACUGCAUGGAAACAAGAAGACCAGCUUGUUGACUUUGAGCUCCCAAAAGACAUUUCUGAGGCUUUGUUUCAGCAGUCUGUACCUUUUGGUUAUGGAUACAUUCAAUUUCUAGACACAGCUGUUGCUGCUGAAGUCUGUGAAGAGCUUUUUACACCUGUACCUCCACAUGCUCAGCUUGCACUGAAUGGUGUGGAAGUGUUCAUGAAUGCAAGCGGAAGCCACCACCAAUUAAGAAAGCUUGAUCUCCGUCUUCGUGCUUUUAUAGGUGCCACCCAUACCCGUGGAGGGGUUUACAUGUACAGUAAUCACCAAGGAUGUGAUGGUGGCCGUCUUUAUUAUGAUGGAUGCUGUUGCAUUGCGAUUAAUGGAGAUGUGGUUGCUCAAGGAUCGCAGUUUUCUCUAAAGGAUGUCGAGGUUUUGGUAGCUCAAGUUGACCUAGAUGCUGUGGCUAGUCUUAGGGGAUCGAUCAGUAGUUUUCAACAGCAAGCAAGUUGCACAUCGAAGGUCUCAGCAGUGAAGGCACCUUUCAAGCUCUGUCAGUCUUUCAACCUCCAAAUGUCCCUUUCCAGUCCACUUAAGAUUAGGUAUCAUUCUCCAGAGGAGGAAAUAGCUUUUGGACCUGGUUGCUGGUUGUGGGACUAUUUACGAAGAAGUGGAGCUUCUGGAUUUUUGCUUCCUCUUUCUGGUGGAGCAGAUAGUUCUUCUGUAGCUGCUAUAGUUGGCUGCAUGUGCCAGCUUGUUGUAAGAGAAAUUGCAAAUGGGGAUGAACAAGUAAAAGCUGAUGCGAUACGAAUUGGUCAAUACACUGAUGGACAGUUCCCAACAGACAGUAAAGAAUUUGCUAAGCGUAUAUUCUAUACAGUAUUCAUGGGGUCUGAAAACAGUUCAGAUGCCACAAGGUUACGGGCAAAGACUCUAGCAGAUGAGAUUGGGUCAUGGCACCUUGAUGUUUCUAUAGAUAGUGUCAUUUCUUCUUUGCUCUCCUUGUUCGAAAAACUUACAGGAAAGCGUCCACGCUAUAAGGUAGAUGGGGGUUCUAGUACUGAGAACUUAGGGUUACAAAACAUUCAAGCUCGGAUUCGAAUGGUGCUAGCCUUCAUGUUAGCAUCACUUCUGCCUUGGGUUCACAAUAAGGCUGGAUUUUAUCUAGUGUUGGGUAGCUCCAAUGUUGAUGAAGGAUUGCGGGGAUACUUAACAAAGUAUGAUUGCAGCUCUGCAGAUAUAAAUCCUAUUGGAAGUAUUAGUAAGCAGGAUCUUCGAGCCUUUCUACGAUGGGCUGCCUCCCAUCUUGGCUACUCAUCUUUGGCAGAAAUAGAAGCAGCUCCUCCAACUGCUGAACUGGAGCCUAUACGUUCCAAUUACAGCCAGUUGGAUGAAGUGGAUAUGGGAAUGACAUACGAGGAGCUCUCAGUCUAUGGAAGGUUGCGUAAGAUUUUCCGCUGUGGUCCUGUGUCAAUGUUUCAGAAUCUCUGCUACAAAUGGGGUGGAAUAUUAACUCCGUCAGAGGUAGCUGAUAAGGUGAAGCACUUCUUCAAGUACUACUCGAUCAAUCGACACAAGAUGACUGUCUUGACACCCUCUUAUCAUGCUGAGAGUUAUUCCCCCGAGGACAACCGAUUUGAUCUUCGUCAGUUCCUCUAUAAUGCACGAUGGCCAUAUCAGUUCCGCAAGAUCGAUGAACUUGUACAUGACUGUGAUGAAGAGAAAGUGGCUGCUAUGAAUUCACAGGAUAACGGCAAAGUGGGGCCUACACUAGAACACGGAGGUGGGAUGGGGGUCAUUGCAGCAGGCUCAAGUGAUCCAAAGACCGGUCUCUAGGUCUAAAUACAAUGCUUGGGACGUUGCAGUUUGGCUAGAGGGUCAGUUUUAUGGGCUAGGGGAAUGCAAGAACAAUAUUUUUGAUCAUGUUGUUGACCUGUUUUAGGAUUUGACAAACCCCUUUGCAGAGCCAAAGCCAAAAAUCCUUGGCUCUCCCUAUAGAUUGUAUCAUCCAAUAUGAUCAAAAUUCAUUUAUUUGUGCGACAGGUUCUG